AUGAGUGACUCAGUCGGAACGAACAUCUUCCAAUUUCACAAAUCGGAAGGGCAGCACAUAUUAAAGAACCCGAUGAUUGCACAGCAAAUAGUCGAUGCAGCUGAGAUCAGACGUACAGACGUGGUCUUAGAAAUUGGGCCGGGGACGGGGAACUUAACCAUGAAAAUCUUGCCGCAGUGCAAAAAGUUGAUAGCUAUAGAGAUAGAUCCGCGUAUGGCUGCUGAAUUAAAGAAACGAGUGUCGAUCACUCCUUACGUGAAGAAGAUAGAAAUCAUCACGGGAGACUUUUUAAAGGUCGACUUGCCUUACUUUGAUGUCUGUGUCUCGAACACGCCAUAUUCCAUCUCAAGUCCUCUUGUCUUUAAAUUAUUGAACCAUCGCCCACAAUUCCGAUCCGCCGUUCUCAUGUUCCAACGAGAAUUUGCUCUUCGACUUGUCGCAACACCGGAAGACCCACUUUAUUGUCGACUCACCGUUAACACACAUCUCCUGGCUGACAUCUAUCACGUCAUGAAAGUCGGAAGAAACAACUUUAAACCACCCCCUAAAGUCGAAUCAUCCGUCGUCAGAAUGGUCCCCGUUAAACCAGCACCUCAAAUCAAUUUGGUCGAAUUCGACGGGUUUUUGAGAAUCUGCUUCUUGAGGAAACAUAAAACUCUGAAAAGUCUUUUCACAAUCACUUCAGUCGUUGAAACUAUGAAACGGAAUUUGGAAGCAGUGUGUAAGAUGAGAAAACUCGAAUUCGAUAAGGACAAAGAUGUCAAAAAUGAAAUGCUCGAGAUUUUAAGGGAAAUGGGGAUGGACCAAAGAAGAUCAGUCACUAUGACUCUUGACGAGUUCUUGGAACUCAUUUUGGCGUUUAUGAGGAAAAAUUAUCACUUCUGCUAA